AUGGAUCUAAUGAGUUUGAAGCUUGAGUUUUCUGGUGGUACAGAAACGCUGUUUAACAUGCAGAAAGAGCUGCAUAUCAAGGUACCAACCAAAUCUGGACCCAUUUUAAUUGUUGAUCUGUUGCAAUUCAUUUAUGAUAAUUUAAUGGUAGGUAAUCCAAGAGCUAACCUAUUUGUGGAAAAUGGUGGUAAAAACAUUCGAUCUGGUAUAUUAGUUCUUGUCAAUGAAGUGGAUUGGGAGUUGUUGCAAGGUCCUAAAACGAUUCUUAAACAGGGUGACGUGAUCUCAUUCAUAUCGACUUUACAUGGUGGUUAA